UUAAACAAGAAGAAGAAGAGGAAGAGGAGGUCCUGUGACGUCAUCAAACUGUUUCUCCGGCAGCAUCAUGAGGCGCUGGGUCCGGACCGGGGCCGCUCUGGUGCUGGGAGCGGGACUCGGAGCCUGGGUCAGCCGUGUGAAUAGCUUCAGAGCCGGGGAGCAGGAGCCGCAGGGGGCCGGGGGGCUCCUGGGGAGGGUCCCGGUCAUCCCGGUCAUCCCGGGGGUGGAAGCCUCCGAGCUCACGGUGAGUCCAGGUGUGUUGGGGGGGGCGGCAGUGAUGAAGUACGGCUUUCCCUCGUUAGCCAACAUCAAGACCCGGGAGUCCUACGUCACCUCGUACGACCCCCGCACACGCACUGCAUCCUGGGUAAUCGAGAGGCUUAACCCCGCCUCCCUGAGCGGACCGUCAGACAGGAAGUCCUGCAACUUCAAGGAAGACGACAGGUCGACCAACGCUGACUACAGGGGGAGUGGCUUUGACAGAGGUCACCUGGCUGCUGCAGCCAAUCACAAGUGGAGCCAGAAGGCCAUGCAGGACACCUUCUACCUGAGCAACGUGGCCCCACAGAACCCUCACCUGAACCAGAACACCUGGAACAACCUGGAAAUGUUGUGCCGCUCUCUGACCAAACACUACCUGAACGUCUACGUGUGCACUGGCCCCCUGUACCUGCCCAGGCAGGAGGCUGAUGGGAAGCUGUACGUACAAUAUCAGGUUUUAGGGAGUAACCACGUUGCCGUGCCGACGCACUUCUUCAAGGUGCUGAUCCUGGAACAGUUGGAUGGCAGGGGGGUGGAGCUUCGGUCGUACGUCUUACCAAACGAACCAAUCGAUGAGAAGGUCCCUCUGGAGCGCUUCCUGGUUCCCAUAGAAACCAUUGAGAGGGCGGCGGGGCUGCAGUUCGUCCCCAACAUCAUGAAGAGGACGAGCCGCCUGCAGGCCAUCACUGCACGCUGAACACCCACAAUGCACUGCACGCUGAACACCCACAAUGCACUGCAGGAUGGAUACUGAUGAGAAUCAAUAAUCUGUGUUUGUGUGUUUCUGUAAAUAAAUACCUUAUCCCCA